UUCUUGAGCAACCCUAGGGAUUAUUCAUAAGUUUCGUUUCCCAAACUCCCGUUUACAGCCUAUGAUUACAUUUGAUACACUUCAACUUUCGGUUUCCAGUUAGACUUAUAUAACCAAGUAAACAGCGCACCAGGCGGACAACUCAAGAGGAAAGCAAGGAGCAGAAUAGCAGACAAGAAAAUGCCUUUAAUGGACUACUGACCAUUUUUCUUCUUCUGAUAAGCUUGUGUUGCUGACAACCUGGAAGACAGGCAUCAUGGGAGUCAAAGGAUUAAAGUCUUACAUAGAGGGAAAUAGUCUGUUUUUAAAAGACUGCAAUUUUAAAGGUGGCAAGAUAAUUAUAGAUGGUUGUAAUCUGUUUAAUAUUCUUUACGACAAAUCAAAAUAUGACCUGAAGCAUGGUGGGGAUUAUUAUGCUUUUGAGAUUUUGAUCAAUUACUUUUUUAAGACUUUGAAGAACUGCAACAUAAAGCCCUAUGUUAUCCUUGAUGGAGGAAGUGACCACACUGACAAAAAACUGGAAACCCUUGAGCAACGUGCCCGAGACCGUAUUAAAAUUGGCAAAGAUUUAUCUUUAGGGCGGAUAUGUUACAAUAGCAGUAUUAAGCCAGUACUCUUGGUAAGUGUUUUCAAACAGAUCCUCAUUCAUCUGAAGAUACCAUUUGUUCACUGCAUGGAAGAGGCUGACUGGGAAAUCGCUGCUUUGGCAAAUCAGUGGAAUUGUCCAGUUCUGUCUGAUGAUAGUGACUUUUUUAUCUUUGACCUGAAAGCAGGAGUUCUACCCUUUAAACAUUUCCAGUGGGAAAAAAGGCUCAGCCAGAAAUUCAUCCCAGCCAAAAUAUUUUUAGUCUCAGAUUUCUGUAAGUGUUUCAACAAGAUGAACAAGCAGCUUCUCCCUCUCUUUGCUGCCUUAGCAGGGAAUGACUAUGUAAACAUAGACACUAUGAUUGGAUCUCACAGUUGGGAGCAAUUCUCCAGCUGCAGUGCUUCUUUCUCCAGAUCCCAUGCUCGUCUCGAUGGUAUCCUCCAUUGGUUGUCUCGCCUCCCAAAUACAAAGAAAGCUAUUGGAAAAGUGCUUGGUUUGCUUGGAGAUCAGAACGACAGAGAUCCAGUCCGGAAGGCUCUCACAGCGUGCCAGAAUGAAUAUCAACUGACAAACGGCAACCUUGCCCAGUUCUUCUUGAAUGGUGUCGCCCCCAGCAGGCUGCCAGAGGAACUGCAGGUUCUUCCUGGCUGGAUCCGCAUGCCAUUGUAUGAGGGAAAAAUGAGCUUAAUUGUCAUUGAAGCCCUGGUUUUGCAAAGAGCUCACUUAAGCUCUCAUGUUGAGAAUUAUGACCUCCCCAGCAGCAAUGCGAUCUCAAGGCCUAUUCGCCAGGUGCUUUAUGGCCUGCUGUUGUCUGGACAGAAGCAGAGGGAUGAUAGGAAGCCCAGCGUGGCCCAUGUGGCCCCAGGAGAGUGCUAUGUGGAAGAACAUGAUAGGGAGGGCUUGAGUCUGAGCACUUUCUGGGUAAAGGCUGCCUGUCCUGCUAGUGCGAGGAAUCUUCAUCUGGAAACACUGAACGAGGAACCACGAGAACCACGACUGCAAGUUCUCUGUGACACACUCGGUGUGCCCAAUACCAUUUCAACAUCCAUUGCAGCCAAAUUCCAGCUACCUGUCUACGUCACAUGCUAUUGGCUGAGUAAAGCCGACCCACAGCCACAUAAAGAGCACCUGUGGUCUCUGCUGCUGGGAUUUGUGUUUGGGGAGCUGAGUGAACGAUACAAGGGCCAGAAAGGUCCCAUGGUGUUGAAAAGACUGAACGGCCUGCGGCUUUACUAUAUGUUUGGAGGCCCUGACCUGGAGUCAGCUCACACUUACAGCCAAUGGCAGGCGUGCAUGAAAGACAGUUACAGGCUCAACCAACUGUUAUGCCUCCCUCUGCCUGAGCCAGAACUUGCACGGCUUUACUGUGGACCCUUGGUGCACCAAGCUGCUCUGAGGCUGAGGAGAGGCGUGACCCCGGAGUCAUUGCUCAGCGCGGAGCCGAUCGCCAUGCAGCUCUUCAGAGAUCUAGAGCAUGCUGUGCUGGACUCCCUGGAUGCCGAUGUUCGGACCAGGUUACAGAAAGCACCACGACGAGAUCAUCCAACGGAGAGACGAGCCCGGUCUGUAGGGAAUGUGGAUGAACUGGCCACACGAUUCACACAGAUGUUUGAAGAGGAGGAUGAUGAUGAAGACUAUGGCGGCAGGAGUGGCAAGGCAAAGACUGAGGAUGAGGAUGGGGAAAUCUACAGAGAUGCGUGCCGCAUCCGCACCAGACACAAGAAGAAGAGCUGGGCCCUGCGAGCUGACAGUCCUGUUCAGCUGAAGAAACAAGAGAGAUGAACGAUGACUGUACACAGGAACUCAGGACUUUUUUCAGCACUUAAAGCAGUUCAAUCUGUGCACUUUGUUAAAUCUGAUGAAUGUUUUGGACACCAUGAAAUGCACACUAGGAUGAAUAUUUGCUAAUCGUUUAAUGUUUUAAUGACUUUCAGUUUUUUAGACUUGUGAUUGAUAAUCUACUGUAAUUUGUAGGUUUGUUUUACCGACUAUAUAAAAAAUUACAGUAAAUGUGACAGAGGAUAUUCAUUUCUGAUUUCUAAUUUAAAGGUUUUUAAUUUCUGUAUUUUCUGCUUGGAUGCCUUACUUUGCUUUUAUGUGCCCAUUCAGAGUCGAGAUGGGUUGAUCCCUCAUUGACAAUUUAGGGACUUUAGACAGUAAUUUACAAGAUCACAAGAUGUUGACGCAUUGAAGGACUAGUUGCUAGGUCUUGGUUGUUAGUCAUGUAGUUUGAUGAAUACUAUUUGUUCCUACACUUGAAACACAAUCAGUUCAUUUGGCUGGAUCCAUCAAGUGCAAGUAAACAUCAGUGUUGGAAGAGUCUGUGGAAACAAACCAUU